UAUUGGGCUUCACCAAUGGCUUCUCGUAUGCUUCAACUGGUUUUUAUUUGUGUGCUCUGUGUGCCAUUUAUGAUUUUAGUAUCCCCAGCUGAACUGGGCAUUAUGAGCAUCCUCGAUUAUAUCAGCUACAUUAAUCCACCGGCUGUUCACAAGUACAAACAUGAUAAUGGAGACAACAUACUCUGUGUCAAAUUUACCGAUCAAAUAUCUCUCCAGCGUGGUAAACAACAAUAUGGGUACGAUAAGAAGAAUUCAAUUAUAGGUUGGAGGGACGCUCAAGCAGGGGACUCAAUUAAAAGGUGUCCAGAAGGAACAGUCUCUGUCAUGGAGAUAAAGCCCGACCACCAGUAUGCCGUCAUGAAAUAUCUAUAUGAGGGAGUGUAUGGAGCACAAGGAAUAUUCAAUGUAUGGCAACCGUAUGUGGAAUCUCAUGAUUAUUUUAGCCUUAGUCAAAUUUGGCUUAUCCGUGACAAAGGACUGCCAACAAUGCAAACAAUGGAAGCCGGAUGGAUAGUCUACCCAUCUUAUUAUGGCGAUUCUCGACCAAGAUUGUUUGUAUAUUGGACGGCUGAUAAUUACAAUAAAACAGGUUGCUGGAAUCUAUACUGUGAGGGAUUUGUGAUGUCCACAGAUUCAAAAUACUAUCCGGGCCAACCUAUAGAACCUGUAUCUGAGUAUGAAGGACCUCAGAUUGAAAGAGAAAUAAGCAUAAAAAGAUUAAGUGACAGCUUCGAUAGAGAAUUUUUACAAGGCGAGGGAGUAUGGUACCUAUAUAUACAAAAUGAAAGAGUGGGUUAUUGGCCUGGAUCAUUAUUUGAUUCAUUGGCUGAAUCAGCGGAUCGUGUGGAAUAUGGAGGGGAAGUUGCAAUUUAUGGCGAUAAUGCAGGAACCCCACAUUCAAGAACACACAUGGGUAGUGGUCAUUUUCUUGAAGAGGGUUGGUCACGUGCAGCCUAUAUUAGGAAUAUCGAAAUACACAACUCUAAUGGUACUCUUGUGUACCCUCCAGAAACCAAUGGUGUAACAAACUCAAAAUGCUAUAAUUUGGCUACUCAUGCUAAUCAAACAUGGGGUCAGUACAUGUUCUUUGGAGGUCCCGGGGGAGAUAAUCCUAGUUGUGUUAAUUGA